AUGAGUAUAGUGUCUGAGCCUUUGGUUGGGAACAGUAGGUCUUUGUCUGCUUCAUCUGCAAAGAGACAUAAGAGUGUCAGAAAAAACUCCAGGAGGAUUUAUUCAUCCUACCAGGAUCACCAGCAGGGCUCUUCAGAGGAUGAAAGUAAGGAUGAUGAACGGAUGGACAGCAAUGACCCAGAGGAAAUGUUCCAGAACAUUCAGUACCAAAAGGAGAUCAUUGCUAAUAUCCGGACCAGACCGUGGCCAAUGAGACGAAAACUCAAGUUGCUAAAGCAGGCUAGGGAGAUUGUCCUCAAGUACGAAGGCCGACUGACAAGAACAAGAGGUCAUUUUGGAUCAGGUGUGGCCUCAUACUUUAUCUUCCUCCGUUGGUUGUUUGGGAUCAACAUUGUCCUCACGAUCAUGACUGGGGCCUUCAUUGUUUUACCAGAGCUGUUGGCUGGAGCUCCAUUUGGAACAACAAGAAGUAAAACCAUCCCCAAGGAACAUCUGGCCUCAGCCCAGGACUUGGACACCAUUUGGUCUCUUGGGGGCUACCUGCAGUACUCUGUGUUAUUCUAUGGUUACUAUGGCAGGGUGAGGAAAAUUGGCAGUGCAGGGUACCGCUUGCCCCUUGCAUACUUCCUAGUUGGGAUGGCUGUCUUUGCGUACAGUUUCAUCAUUCUGCUACGAAAAAUGGCCAAAAACUCUCGCCUGAGUCUGGCCAGUGCGUCCGAUGAGAACUUUACAUUCUGUUGGAGAGUAUUUUGUGCCUGGGAUUACCUGAUUGGUAACCCAGAGGCUGCAGAGAGCAAAGGAGCUGCCAUCGUCAAUAACAUCAGGGAAGCUAUUGUUGAAGAGCAGCAAAAGAAGAAGGAUACAAGUUUGGCAGUUCUGAUCAGUCUUCGUAUCUUAGCCAACAUCCUGGUGGUGCUGUCCUUAGCUGGUAGCAUCUACAUAAUCUAUUUUGUGGUGGAUCGUUCCCAGAAACUGGAGCAGGAGAAGCCGGAGCUGACUCUGUGGGAAAAGAAUGAGGUGAGUGUGGUGGUUUCUCUCAUCACCAUGAUUGCUCCUUCUGCCUUUGAGCUUGUGGCUCAACUAGAGAUGUACCACCCAAGAACCUCUCUGCGAUUUCAGCUAGCCAGAGUGCUUGUAUUAUACCUUGGAAAUCUCUACAGCCUGAUUAUUGCUCUCCUUGAUAAAGUCAACAGUAUGAGCUCUGCUCUCCAAGUGACUUCAGGUAAUUUGAGUGAUACUAAUUCUUUCUUGGCCACCAUCUCUCUGCCUGAGACGGAUAGCCCCUCCACCCUGGUUUCAGAAAUCUCUUUCUCAGGACAUCAGAAAAGUACCAUAGAAACCAGUACCGUUAGUACUACAGUACUAAACUUUACCAACAACAGCAGUGGCAGUUCAUGGGGUGUCUACAACCAGACUGCUCUUUUUGAGAAGAACGCUCGUUCUCAGCAGGACCAAUGCUGGGAGACCUAUGUUGGACAGGAGAUGCUGAAGCUUUCUAUCAUUGACAUGAUCUUCACAGUGGCCAGCAUCUUACUUAUUGACUUUAUUAGAGGGCUGGUGGUUCGUUACCUGAGUGACUGUUGCUGCUGGGAUUUAGAGAGUAAAUUUCCUGAAUAUGGAGAAUUCAAAAUAGCUGAGAAUGUCCUGCAUCUGAUUUAUAACCAAGGAAUGAUCUGGAUGGGAGCAUUUUUCUCUCCUUGCCUUCCUGCCUUCAAUGUGCUGAAGCUGAUCGGUCUGAUGUAUCUGAGGAGCUGGGCUGUCCUCACUUGUAAUGUUCCCCAUCAGCAGGUCUUCCGAGCUUCGAGAUCAAACAAUUUCUACCUGGCUAUGCUGCUUUUCAUGUUGUUUCUGUGUAUGCUCCCCACCAUCUUUGCCAUAGUGAGGUACAAACCAUCUCAGCACUGUGGACCAUUCAGUUCGGGUGGUAUCUCAGCUGGUCUCAGCUGGUCUGGUCACUACGCCGGCCGGCUUCAGUGCGAUCAG